AUGUCUAAUAACUCCCACAAUAAUAACAUCAACAAUGAUUAUACUCCAGUCUCCCAUACGAUAUUACCUGAACAAAAACAUCAAUUUUUGGUGAACGUUCCGCAAAUGUGCGUCAUUGGUAACAACAAUAACAACACUUAUCAGUUUCCCCACCAGCAAAACAUCCAUUUUCCAGGCUACGUCCUUCAACCCUCUCCGCCAAACUUCCUUAAUGUCGCAAACCAACAACAACAACAACAACUUGUCAUGAACACGGCCAACAACCCAUUAAAUAGAAAUGGCAAACCUAACUUCAAUAACCCCUACGACAAUCAACAACUUCACAUUAAUGGAAAUCCACCUGUCAAACCCGCUGCAAGCUUUGAAGAGUCAAACAGUUUGCCCCAGUUGGUUUCCCAAGUCAAGGACCAGAGUACCCCAGUUUCUAGCAGUGGUGACGUCGUCUCUAGUGAUUUGCGUUCCCUUGAUAAUGGUCCAGUAAUAUCCAGUUCUGUCAAAGAAAACCCAAAACCUGACACUAGAAUCAUGCAAGUGCCUUCAAAGCCCAUUAACCUCAACGGAACUACCACCAUGUUGCCCUCAUCUGUUCAACAACCAGAAAACGGUCCAAUGUUAAAAGAACAAGCAGCCAAGCCAACAGGUUCAACAAAAAUCCCUAUUAAAGCUGCCGCUGUUGAUUCAAAGGAUAAAAAAAAGAAAACUGCCAACUCUAAGCCUUUGACGCAAUCAGAUAUAGACUUGAAGUUGUUGCUGAACAACAUCGAUGAUUUUAAAAAUUUGAGAGAAUUGGCUGGACUAAUUCGUCAAAUUGAAGCAACCGAACAAGUUGUCGGAAAAAAUGGUAAAAGUAACCCUAAUAACACCAAUCCUACUGAUAACGCAUCAUUGGAUCCUUUGGCAAAAAUUGAUAGAGUCCAGUUUCAAAAUAAGCUCGCCACUUUGCCAAAGCUGAAAAAAUUGCAAUUAUUUGGGAUUGCUUGGUUAAAAAAAGCUUGUAAAGUCGCACCUGAAGGUCAUAUUCCUAGAAAUCGUAUUUUCGCCAAAUACGUUACCGUGUGUGCUGAUCAUGGCGUUGCUUCUUUGUCGCCAGCUUUAUUUGGUAAAUUGAUUAGAAUGAUUUACCCUUGUAUUACUAUUCAUAGAUAUGGUGUCAGAGGUCAGAGUAAAUACCAUUAUUGUGGGAUAACUCUCCUUGAUAACACACCAAUCGGCCCGGCUUCAACCGCCAUUUUCGGCGGUAUCGCCACCCCUAAUAAUGGCUCUAUUGUGAUCCCAACCAGUGGUUCUAGUACCCCAGUCCAUCAUUUUGCUCAUCACCACCACAACAGUGUUAUUGGAAGUGAGUUAUCAAACUCAGAGGUUUCAUCUCCUCUUAGAAGCGUAUUUGAUAUCGAUUCUUCAGUUAAUUCUCCUAUUUAUUCCGCCACUGAAUUGAGCCCAGUUUCAUCUACCUCCUAUGCCAACAACAACAACUCCGUCGGGAACCCUACUGACACAAAAAAUAUCCCACAGUUGCUGUUGUCGUUACCAGUUCAGAACGCCGUUAAUGUUAACAAAUAUUUGGGCAAUUUCCCAAUAAAAUUUUUCCCAGAUUUGUUCCCUUCGUUGGAAGCAUUCAGCGAGAAUGAUAUUUCCAGCUUUAUCUUGACUCUUCCGCCAAUUGAUCCGUACAUUCCAAGAAACUUCAAUUCAGAUAUUGCCACAACUUUACAAUCACUCUACAAGUCUCAUUGUACCGCAAUUUUUGAAUCGGUUCGUUACAUGAAAGUUAAAGAUUUGGGGAAAACAUUGGGAUCGUUUCCAAGAUCAUUAACUAACCCAGUGUUCAAACUUUAUAUUUCCGAACCAAUCUUGCCAUGGUUAUUGAAAUGUGAUUUUGUGUUGUUCCAAUCCAUUCUUAAGAUGCUAUUCAAGUUGUUUGUAAAGCAUUCUAGUGAUGAAGCUUCAGCGCAACAUGUUCUCAACCAAUUGAGGGAAAUUGCCAAUAACUAUUCGGCACUUCUCAGUGAAAGUUUGAUCAACUUGCCUCAAAAGAUGGUCAUGUCCAAAGUCAAUGUCGCGAGAAAAUUUGGUAAAUUGAUGGGUAAGAUUGUUGAUGUUUGUGACUUUGGUUGGAAGAAUCGUAAAACUUUUGCCAUGGUCAAGGAGGUAUCCUCUCAAAAGCAAAUUCCAGAAAGUGAAAUUUUGCAUGAUGCUUGGAUCAAGAAUGUAAAUACCGAAAAGCUCAUCAAUGAAAGUUCUCCUUUGGCAUUGCUAGCUGGUACUAACACAUUUGUUUGUGCCAACUUGAUAAAAGUGUUCAACCAAGAUAUUCCACAUUUAAUACAUAAUUCCAAAACCUCAUCUAUCCCUAUGGAAAGAAUCAUCUCUACGUGGUUGAGCUAUUUUGCACAACUAGCUUGCCAUGUUUCAAAAAGUCCUCUGAAUCCAGAUAAUUCUAACAGAAUUUCCCCAGAAUUAUUUUUGUUGACGUUCAAUUGCUUAUUUGAUUCUGCGUUGAAAGCAAUUUCCCGAUCCCGUCCAACGGAAUUCCAAGCAUUAUGGAACAUCAAGUGUUGGGUUUGUGAAUGGUUGGAUUGGUAUGGUGAAUUGGGUGGGUUUUUAUCAAUUCAUGGUGAGAAGUUUUUCAUUAAUAAUCAGGAUUUACCGCCAGAUUCCAUUAAACAACCAAAUUUGAUGAGUGCCUCUACUUCCAAUUCCACUACUCCGGUUAACGCUGGUGCUAUCAGACCUUCGGUUGGUAGCAACAUCGAAGGGCUGAAAAAAAGAUUUCGGACGGUGAGUGAUGUGUUUGAUGAUGAUUCAUUUGCCAACAGUCUCAAUAAUAUGACCGAUAGCAGUGUGAAUUCUUUUAAUUCUGCAGAAACUUCCACCAUUGCCCAUGCAAAUACUGAAAAUAGCAUUAUCAUGAACAAUCGGGUCGGAAGCAACAAUAGUAAUCACCAAGAAAAUAAUGUCACGGUUAAUUCAGCGAUAACUCAAAAUGAAACUCUUCCGAUUUCAGUGUCGCCUAGAAAACGUAUCAAGUUACUUUCGAUUGAUGCCCGUAACACCAUUAAUGACGAUGCUGUCACAGAAGGCAAGAAUAAUAACGUGCUAAUGGACCAACCUGUUGAUUUGUUGGGUGGUUACUUGGGUCCAGAAGAAGAGAAGGAGCUUAUGUCCUUUCUCUCUUGA